GACCAUGUCCUCCAACUCUAACCAGCAUUUCUUGGUGACUGAUUUCCUCAAUCUCCGCUCUAGCGGUGGUUCGGCCAGAUCUGGCAGUGGUGAAUCAUUUGCAGCAAAGCUGGCCAAGAUGCACACCAUCCCCGCCCCGAUCCCCGAGGGGUACGACAAGCCCAUGUUCGGCUUUCCCGUCCCUACAUACUGCGGAGCGACGGAGCAGGACAAUACCUGGAAGGAGGACUGGGCAGAGUUCUACGCUGAAAACCGGUUACGCCAUGUGCUGAAAGAAGGUGAGAAGAUAAAUGGAAAAAGCAAAGAGUUGAGCGACGCGGUGGACAAGGUCGCAUCAAAGGUGGUGCCCAGACUUUUGGGGGAACAGACGAUAGGAAAGGUGACGCCGGUGUUGAUACAUGGGGAUUUGUGGAGUGGGAAUCAGGGACGGGGU